CAAUUCCUGAUUCAUCUCUAACCUAACUUGGAGGUGCUGCAACUCGGAAAAUGGAGAAUGCAGCAAAUUGAGAAGAAGACAGGUCAUGUUUCUCCCUCACGAAUUGAUCAUCCAAAUCUUACUGAGAUUGCCGGUAAAAUCUCUUAUACGUUUCAAAUCUGUUUGUAAGUUGUGGUUUUCUCUUAUCUCUCAUGAUUCCCACUUUGCUAAUUCACAUUUUCAACUCACAACCAAUCGUAGAAUUCUAUUAAUAUCACCUUCUGAAUCUCUAUCCAUCGAUUUUGAAGCAUCGCUCGACGAUGACAGUGCUUGUGUUUCACUCAACCCUGAUUCUAUCUUUCCACAGUAUUUUCAAAAUUUUUAUAUCACAGGGUCAUGUAGAGGCUUCAUACUUAUCUGCUGUUCCUUAAACAUCUUCAUAUGGCAACCAUCCACUGGAGAUCACAAACAUAUACCUUUAUCUCCUUUUGGUUCCAAUUUAGAUGCUGCAUAUUUCUAUGGUUUUGGAUAUGAAGAUUCAACCGAUGAUUACUUAGUUGUUUCAAUGUCUCAGCAUGGUUAUUCAGACGAUUCUCCAUUACACUUGGAGUAUUUCUCAUUGAAAGCUAAUACAUGGAAAGUAGUUGAGGGUCUUCACUCCCCUUAUACCUUAGACGAUGAUCCCAGAGGUGGGUGUCUCUAUAAGGGAGCUAUUCAUUGGGUGGCUUUUUGUCAUGUUUUUGGAUAUGACGUUAUCGUUGACUUUAAUUUAAUGGAAAGGAAACUUUCAUAUAUGCAUGUGCCAUGUUCUAGUCCUUCCCGCUGUGAUUUGUGGGUAUAUGGAGAAUUUUUCAGUGCAUAUGUUAGGAAUUAUUCUAAUGACACGGUUGAAAUAUGGGUGAUGAAAGAAUACAAAGUGAACUCCUCUUGGAUUAUGACUCUUGUUCUUCCUAUUGAUCGCAUCCCAAACGAUGACUUUUCUCUAUUGUGUUGUACAGAGAGUGGUGAUAUUAUUGGGUCAAAUGAUGGCGUUGGGUUGGUGAAGUAUGAUGAAAAUGGACAGUUUUUAGAGCAACAUUCUUAUUCUAAUUAUGAUCUUAGUUUGCAAGUGACUAUGUAUAUAGAUUCUAUGCUUUCACUUCCCAGUGAUGGUGACAACGAGGAAGAUUAAGAACAAUGAGGGGUGUGAAAUUUGAACAAGAAACUUGGUUGAAUUGGGAUAGAAGUCAUAUGGAAGAGGUGGAAAUUAAAUUUGAUUAGGAUGGUCAUGAAAGUUGUGUAGAACUUAAUGAGGAAAAAAGUGAAGCAAGUGGUGAAACACAUGAUUAGGUUCAUGAUAGUAGAAAUAAGAGAAUGGAGUAGAUUGUACUGAUGAGGUUCAUGAAGUUAGAAAAGCUUAAGAAGAUGAUUGACACCAACAAGAAUGAGGUUCUGAAAUCAUAUGUAUGAAUGCAUUUGUAAGGUACUGAUAGAGUAAUAUGAGUUUGAAUGGAUUUGUAGGGUACUGAGUUUGAGGACAUUUUAUAUGAGUCAGAAUGCCACACUAGCUAAUGUAAUAUGUUAUGAAAUGUUUAUUGGUUAA